AAUUAGUUUAUUUUGGCGAAUAUUGUUAUAACCGUCCAUUUCUUUGUUCGUCCAGUUUGUUGUAGUUGUACAUUUGUGACCUAGAUUUCGAAAAGUAAUGAAAAAUAUAAAAAUAUUAUUUUUGACUUGUUUGGAUAGUGUAAUUAAAUUGUUUUCCUCUGUUAAAAACCCUCUUUCAUCUUCAAAUUAGAAAUAUAAAUAAUACACAAUGAAUAAGGCAAGAUUUUCUAUGUUGGUGCUAGAACCUGGUGAGAUUUAUUUUGAAGAUUUCUCAUGUAUAAUGAACACACAAAAUUCUAAAACAGUAGGUGAAAUUAGAACUGGUCAUCUGAAACUUUGUUCUAAAUCACUUGUAUUUGAACCAAUAGAAUGGACUUAUCCUCUUACAAAAUUACACUUUAAAGAUUGCACCGACAUCAGCAUUGCGGAGAAAAAAGAAAGCGAAACAAAAAACGUAAUCAAAGUAACAAUUAAACAAUAUUCAGAAAUGUUAGAGGAAAAUAUAAUUGCACCUUAUAGAUUUAAAUAUGAAAAACAAGAUUUCUAUUUCUUCUUUGAUUUUGCCUCAGCGGAAGAAUGUUUGAGUCAAAUGCAACAAUUACAGAGAGCUUCUACAUUACAUGCACCCGAACACAACAGUAUGGUGGCUACUAUAUUACAUUCACGCUAUAUGAGAAUGUUAUUUGACCCUGUCAUGAUGGAUGACUUCACUGAGGAGAUCAUAUGUGAAAUGCAAGCUGAAAAAAUAUCACCACUUGUGAGACAUCAAGGAAAAUUAGCACUGACUCCCACAACUUUAUACUUCCAGCCAUUCAGUAAUAUUGAAAGUAGUCCAAUAUUCAAGCUGAAGUUGGAUGAGAUGAGGAAAAUGUACAAAAGGAGAUUUUUAUUAAGGCAAGUUGGUCUUGAAAUAUAUGGUGAAGAAGAAAGAUCUAUGUCCCAUAUAUAUCUUACCUUUCCGUCGGAAAAGCAUAGAGAUAGAAUAUAUGAAACUCUAGAACAAUCACCAAAUGUCAAACUUGAACGACAACAUGUUGAAGAGAUGACACUGCAGUGGCAAAAUGGCAUUGUCUCUAAUUAUGAUUAUUUGAUGUAUCUUAACUGUCUUGCAGAUCGAAGUAAAAAUGAUCUAACACAAUAUCCAGUGUUUCCUUGGGUUGUAGCAGAUUAUACUUCAGAGAAAUUGGAUUUGAACAAUGCUGAUACUUUCCGCGACUUAUCCAAGCCAAUGGGUGCAUUGAAUCCGGAACGUUUGGAGAAACUGAAAGACAGAUACAAUGAAAUGAAUGAACCGAAAUUUUUGUAUGGAUCACAUUAUUCCGCACCCGGACUUGUGUUGUUUUAUCUUGUUAGAAAAUAUCCCAGGUACAUGUUGUGUCUUCAGAAUGGUAAAUUUGACCAUCCGGAUAGAAUGUUCAAUUCAGUGAAGGAUGUCUACAAUAACUGUUUAAGAAAUAUGUCUGAUUUUAAGGAAUUAGUGCCAGAAUUCUAUGAUACAAGUGAUAAAGGUGAUUUCUUAAUAAAUAAGUAUGAGAUAGAUUUUGGAGAGCGCUAUGAUGGGUCUGUGGUACAAGAUGUGACGUUACCACCAUGGGCCACCUCACCUCAACACUUUGUGUCCACACUACGCGAAGCUCUCGAGUCAGAUUAUGUAUCUACACAUUUACAUUUAUGGAUCGAUCUCAUAUUCGGUUAUAAACAAAGAGGGGAAAAUGCUGUCAAAGCUAAUAAUGUAUUCCAUCAUGUAUGCUACGAAGGUUCUAUCGAUCUAGAAUGUGUAUACGAUAUGAACGACAGGCAUGCACUAGAAGUACAAAUAAUGGAGUUUGGUCAAGUGCCUAAGCAACUAUUCACUAAGCCACACGUCAGAAAAGUGAAACAAACUAUGCAAAUACCAUUAAGCCGUAUUGAUGAACAGAAACCACAGAGAAUAGAAUGUAUAGAUACAAUAAAACUACAUAAAGAGGCUGUGACAUGCGUAGUUCGUGUUGGAAAUAGAAUAAUAUCUGUGGGUAAAGACGGGGCAUUGAAAGUGUAUGAUAUGUUGCAAGGGAAGCAAAUGCGAAGUGUAGUGUUGUGUUCCACACCUCUAAGUUCUUGUGUGAUGGUUGAUGAUAACACUGUAGCGGCUGGCUCCUGGGAUAAUGAAAUAUAUUUAUACAAUGUUGAAUAUGGACGGAUUGUAGAAAGUUUUCGAGCACAUGACGAUUCAGUCAGCUGUUUACUUUGGAUAACGAAAGAACAUUUAUUAAUAUCCGGUGGUUGGGACGGUGUGGUCCGUGUGUGGGGUAACGUGGGUAAGACAGGACAGGCACUGCGUGGAUUGAAGGCUGAGUUCGACCAUGAUGGAAAGAUAACCACACUCACAUAUAGAUAUCGUGGUCCAGAGCUGGACGUGCUGGCGGGCAGUAGUGACGGCGAGGUGUUCAUCUGGGAGCUGAGCAGCCGGCAACUGAGCAGCAAAGUGCGCGUGCAUGCUGCGCCACUCACAGCUCUGUCCUUCGUACUCUCCAAAGAUAGGAUCGUUACCUCAACUGAUGAUGGACAUCUUUAUGUCACCGAUCUAGGAGUUUGCCAUUCGGUGUACCACAAGCAGCUGUGCGAGGCGGCGACAGCGCUGUACUGGAACGCUGCUGGCGGCAGUGCACUGUGGCUGGGCGACAGCGCUGGCCGCCUGCUGCACUGGAACAUGCUCACCGUCACACAAUUAUAUCAACUACAAGCUCAUACUGGUUCUAUCACAUGGAUUUACCUGGACGUGGAUUCCAACACUUUGGUCACGGCCAGUGAGGACAAAACCGUAAAAGUCUGGCAAUUGUUGAAAAGUUCUUGACGUUUGUCUCUGGUCUUAUUAUAUAGUAUUAUUGAUCUUCUUGUAAUGUUAAGGAUAUAAUAUAAAAACUA